AACUGCUGUAGGUAGUGAAUGGUGGGAUUUUUAAAAUAAGUAAUACUAUAAUAAAUCCAUUAUUUUAUUCAGCUGACAAAACUAUCGUGAAUUGUUAAAAUGAGGAGACUUAUUUUUCUCUUCAUGUUUGGAUUCGUAUGUUUUUCACCGAGUAACUGUUUCAAUGAAGACGAAAAUAUAAACAACAACAUUAUUAUCGACGCACCCUUUGAAAACUUUGAGAAGAAAUUUCAACCCAAUUGGAAGGACUUAGAUACACGGCAGCUGCCGAAAUGGUAUGAUGAUGCGAAAAUCGGAAUCUUUAUCCACUGGGGCUUAUAUUGUGUCCCAGGAUUUCGUUCAGAGUGGUUUUGGGCUUACUGGAAAGGAGGGGAUAAGAACAUUGUCCAAUUCAUGAAUAAUACUUAUCCUCCAGGCUUCACUUAUCAAGAUUUUGCACCUAUGUUCAAAGCAGAGUUCUUCAAUGCAAGCGAGUUUGCCGACCUUUUUGUCAAUUCUGGUGCUAAAUAUGUAGUUUUGACAAGCAAACAUCAUGAAGGUUUUACAUUAUUCCCAUCAAAACGCUCUUUUGGGUGGAACUCUGUAGACACCGGACCACAUCGUGAUCUGGUUGGUGAUCUUGCUAAUGCUGUAAGGCAAAAGGGGCUGAAAUUUGGAGUCUACCACUCUUUGUAUGAAUGGUAUAAUCCAAUAUAUUUGGAAGAUAAAAAAGCAAACUUCACCACUCGUCACUAUGCUGGUUCAAAGUUGUGGCCUGACUUAAAACAGCUUGUCAAUGAUUACAAGCCAUCGGUUAUUUGGUCUGAUGGAGACUGGGAGGCCAAUGAUACAUACUGGAAGUCAACAGAUCUUCUAGCCUGGCUGUACAAUGAUAGUCCUGUGAGAGAUGAGGUUGUGGUAAAUGACAGGUGGGGAAUUGGAACUAGUUGUAAACAUGGAGACUUUUACAACUGUGAAGACAGAUAUAACCCAGGAAAGCUACAAAAUCACAAAUGGGAGAAUGCAUUAACAUUGGACUUAACAUCAUGGGGCUACCGGAGGAAUAUAGCAUUGCGGGAAGUGAUCCCAAUUGAAAGAUUGCUGAAGGAAGUAAUUUCAACAGUCAGUUGUGGAGGUAAUGCCCUCAUAAACAUUGGUCCAACUAAAGAGGGAACCAUAGCACCAAUAUUCGCUGAAAGAUUACUGGGACUUGGUAACUGGUUAAAAAUUAAUGGUGAAGGGAUAUACAAAUCUUCUCCUUGGCUGUCUCAAAAUGACACUUUUAAUGACAAUGUUUGGUACACAUGUAAAAAGCAGAGAUAUAACUAUCAGAAGCCUACAGCCAAGCCAACUGAAGUUGAUAUAGUGACUGCAAUCUAUGCUUUCUUCUUGAAGUGGCCAACUAAUGAUGAAGGCAUGUUGGUUAUUAACGAUAUUACGAAACAUCUGCAGAAAGGCAACUGGCAGGUCGUUCUGUUGGGCAACGGUGAACCUUUGCAUUGGGAGACCACAGUAACAGGAAAAACGAAGAUUUAUUUGCCGAGAAGAGAGCGAGUCAAUUCUAGACACGCCUGGACGCUGAAAUUCACCCCGGUAUAAGAAUUUUAUUCAAUAAAAUGUUAACGUAUACUGAUUGCUUUUUAUUUGGAUACUGUCUUAAUUGUCUAAAUUGCAGUGCCGAAUUAAAUGGUAUUAAAUAAAACUAUGGUCUUAAAGACAGGGCAGGCGGGGCUGUGGCCCACAAAAAAAAAGUCGAUGGGUCACAAACUAGAGGGGGGUGUAAAUCAUUAGUGGGCCGGCCUUAGAUUUAGGGUCCUCCACUCCUUCGUUGCUCCAAGGCCCCACAGCAGGCGCUGCUAAAUUGUAUAUCACAACUCGAAGCUUUGGGGAAAUUAGUACUCUGUUAUCGAAACAAGAAGCUAGUAUCGACCAUAGAUAUAUGAUGUAAAGAUAGACAAAGUACCUAUAGCAAGAGUUCCAAAAAUUUAAUUUUGCAUGUGUGUGCAUCGGUGUUUGAUUGGAGUGAUAGUGUCGUUUUGUCAUGAUGUGCUUUAAACACGAACUGAAUUGUAUAUAUUCAUAACAGACUUUAGGCUAAAGAUUUGACAGGAUGCUGUUGCCUCUUCUUUUCCUCUUUCUGGAACAAAAGUACAUCAUGUUGCGCCUCUUUCUACCUGUGGGAUUGUCGUAAGGGCAUGAUACCUCUUUUCUUUACUCUGCCAGUCUUUAAAUACUUUAUGGUGUCUAUGGUGACGACAAUGAUAAUAAAACCCUUAUGGUUGGGUAUACCUACGAAGUACCAACUUAUCUGUUAUUCAGUCAUCGAAAUAACGACGCCCACUUUCUCGUGUGAGAGAUUUGCAUCCUAGCUUUUGUAAGUGAUAAAGAAAGCGCUCUACAAAAAAAUAUUUCCGAGCACACUAGUAGUGAACAACGGAAAACAUACCAUUUGUUACCGUUAUAGUUUAUUUCAGGUACCUUUGCCCUGGCACGAAAUGGUCAUUGAUUGUAAAAAUUGAUUUGAAAUAAAUAUAGUUAUUUAUUGAAAAUCAAUUUUCAAUUCCACUCUGCAAUUCGGAAUUUACAAGGAUCGAUUUUUGCCUCAUUGCUAGGCCGCAUGGCUAUAAUCAGCCGUAUAAAUAGUGAUUCGACUAGGUCAUCAUAACAGGUCAAUCACACAUCUCCUUCACCAUAAUACUUAUGUUCUAAAAGACCUAGGUAUAGGCCGCCAAUAAAGAUGCACUGUGUAAUGCUUGAAUUAUCUUUUUAUUGCUAAUUAAUGCUUGAACGAUUUUUGAACCUUAACAAUUUUUAGACUUAUUGUAUGACUAGCUAACCUAGCGAACUUUAUACUGUCAUAAAAAUAGGGGUGGUAGAACGGACAGAUUUGAAUGUCAAAAUCUUACAACCUUUUCUCAGACUCCCCAAAUAUAUUAUACAAAAAAAUCAUAGCAAUUGGUGAAACCGUUUGUUACAGACACUCAUACCACAUUUUUUAAAUUAUGUAGAUAGGUCUUUUGAUCGCUUUAUCAAUCAACUCUAACUGUCCUCUUUGUAAUUAAUUAUUGCCCUCCGAGAUAAGCUGUCUUAAGUGCCUACUUCUGCUUAAAAUGAAACUCAAUAAUCAGAAUGGAUUCUCAUUUAUAUAUUAUACGAUGUUAACCUUAUUGAUAAAUAAAUACAAUUAACAACUUUUUAAAUGUUUCAAGUACAUAUUAAAUUACGUGGUGACAAACAAGAUUGUGUUUAAGUGCACAUAGUAAAGGCACGGUAACAAUAUAAACAUUAUGAACUAUCGUGUUGUAUCAUUGGCCCGAAUACUUUAAAAGUUGCUUAAAAACCCUUAGCGUUAUUAUUUUAAGCCCCUUGUCCAAUGGCUUUCACGAUCACAACAUUACUAAUUCAUCAUCAUCAUCAUCAGCCUAUUAAUGUCCCCACUGCUGGGCACAGGCCUUCGCUAUGGAUUGAAUAGGGAGUUUGGGCCAUGACUCACGACGCGGGCCCAGUGCGGAUUGGCGGGUGCUAAUGACUGCAGAUGCAGCCGGGACCAACGGUGUAACGUGCCUUCCGAAGCACGGAGGAGCUCAAGACAGAAGAUUUUUG